UAUUAAUUCAUUACACUCACUUCCCCAAGCUCACUCUCGUGCCUCUUUCUCUCUAUCUCACUCACUCUGGACUUCCUUACCUCUCAAGAAAACUUCACCCCUGUAUAACGAUCGGAUAUCAAAAUCGGCAGAAUUUUCUAACCUUUUCUUUCCAGUUCAAUCGUGACCAACGGUGGAGAUGAGCUGCAAUGGAUGCCGAGUUCUGCGCAAGGGUUGCAGCGAGACUUGUAUUCUGAGGUCGUGCCUCCACUGGAUCAGUUCCCCCGAAGCACAAGGCAACGCUACUUUAUUUCUCGCCAAAUUCUUCGGCCGCAGUGAUCUCAUGUCUCUCAUCUCCGCUGUUCCAGAAUCCCAACGGCCAGCUUUGUUUCAAUCGCUGCUGUUUGAGGCUUGCGGGCGUACGGUGAAUCCGGUAAACGGAGCGGUGGGACUGUUGUGGAGCGGCAACUGGCACGUAUGCCAGGCGGCGGUGGAGACAGUUCUCUCUGGCGGAACACUUCGUCCGAUACCGGGAAUUCUCACAGGAUUCAUCGCGCCAAAUUACGAUGAGUCAUCUGAUAGUUUCUCUGCGGAGGCAUGCAAGUUGCGAAACAUGUGGACCCAAUCAAAGCCGUAUGGUCCAAUCGCUAGGGAGAAUCAAGCGUCGGAUCUCAAUCUUUCUCUCACGUCAAAGCUUGUGGCGGCAGGUAGAACUGGAAGAGAGAAGAGAGGCAGAGAUGCGAUGUCGUUUUAUACAGAAGAAUCAUCAGAGACAACGACUUUUGAGAGCAAUGGUAGCGAUAGUAAGAAACUCUUAAAUCUGUUCGUUUGAAUAGGGAAAGAGAUGGUGCUAAUUGUACUGUAAGUGAUCACUGUAGCAGUGGAAACUUUUUGUUUCUAUAUAAAUAUGAAGCCGGAAUUUUAGCCCGGCGAGUUUUUGGAUA